AUGAAAUAAAGUUAAGAUGUUGAAAAUUUAUAAAAUGAGACAAUAAAAAGGGAAUAAUAUAUUAGUAAAGAGGAAGUAGAUGGAAGGGAAUUAAUGUAAAGUAAAUAAUUUUCUAUCUUCAGAAAAUCCAAUUAUUAAGAGCCAGCUGUAAUUGUGUAUAUUAUUUUAUUAUUAUUUAGGAAGUAUCAAUCUCAAAUUAUUGAUUCAGAUGAAGAAGAUAUUAAGAAAGAAACUGAUAAAGAUUGUGAAGAAGUAGAAUUUAAGGUAUUGAGUACUAAAACUUAAACUACUACUUUACUCUAAUGUGAUUUGAUAUAAUAAAAUAAUGUAGAAAUUGAAAAAGAUUUUGAUUAUUUAAAGCCAUUAGAUUAUGAAGAGGUUUUAAAAUAAAGUUAAAUUAACUUUAGUUUAAAUAAAUAAAGUUCUUAAAAGGAUGAUUCAAUUGAUAAGUCUUCAUUUAGAACUGUUAUAAUUACUCAAGUAGAUUCAGAAGAUGAUGAAGAAUCAAAUGAAGAACUUGGUGAUUAAGUGAAUUUAGAAAUUGGAUCUCUCUCAAAUUAAGAAAGUGAAGUAACAGCUGAUAAUAGAAUUAUGAUGAGUGUUAUGCAGAGUAAGUUUUCUAAAUAAAUUUAAAAAUAAUUAAAAAUACAAUAAUCUCUAAAUAAUUAAAAUAAAAGUAAUUAGUUAGAUGAUAUAUUUAAAUCAAAGAUUGUUUUAAUUAAUAAAACACCUAUGAUUAUUCGAGAAGAUGAAAUUUAUAUUCGUAAAAUAAGAAAAAUUUAAAAUUAUUUUAGAUUUGUUAAACCUUACAAAAAACAAAAGAAAUAACAUAGAUAUAGGGUAAAUAUAAUAAAUGAAUUAAUAUAAACAGAAAAAAAUUAUGUUAAUGAUCUUAAUUCUAUCAGAGAACAUAUUUAGAAGCCUCUUUUAUCUUUGAUUUAAUGUCAAGAUCAUGUGAAAUUUAUGUUUAAUUUGGAUAGUAUUUAUCAUUUUAACUUUGAAUUUUUGAAAAUUCUUUUAAUGAAAGAGUAGAGUGUUAAAGAUUAACCUUAUGCUAAAAUUAUGGAUGAAAUCUCUAACUUAUUGGCUGGUUUUAAGUUUUAUUUUGAUUAUUGUAAAGACUUUUAAGCUUCUAAAAAAAUGAGAGAUCAUUAUUCUAGUACAAACUAAGUUUAUCAAACUUUUUUUAUUAAUUUGUUAGAGAAAUAACCAAAUUUCUUCAAUAAUUUAGAUAUUGAAAGUUAUUUGAUUAAACCUGUUUAAAGAUUACCUAAAUAUAUUUUAUUAUAUAAAGAUUUAUUAAAACAUACUAAUAAAGAUCAUCCAGAUUAUAAAAAUAUAGAAUAAUGUUUAAAGCUUUUUUAAUAAAUAAAUGAUAAAAAUAAUAGUUAAAUUAAAGCUUAUUUAGAAUAAUUAAAAUUAAUGGAACUUUAAAAUUAAUUUAGAUAAUAUUUAAUAAUAGUUGAACCUAAUAGAGUAUUUAAUUUUGAAGAGUUUUGUUCUAUUUAUACAGAUAAAAUAUAGAAUAAUAUAAUUUUAUAUGCAUUUAAUAAUCUUUUAUUAUUUGCUUAAAAUAAAUAAAAUGGAUAAUAAGUUUAUAUUUUUCAUCUUCAAUUAACUUAUCAAUCUUAUGUUAAAGAUAAAGAAAAUACAGAUUAUUUUGAACACUUUUUUGAAAUAGUCAAUAAGACUGAAUCUAUUAUUAUAAUUAAUCAAGAUAAUGAAUCAAAAAUAUAAUUAAUAGCAAAAAUUUAAGACAUUAUCUAAAAACUUAAAGAAAAGUAAAUCAAUAUGGAAAAAUUAAGAAAAUCAACAAGUAAUCUAGUUGAUGUUUGUGAUAAUUCAAAAGAAUAAAAUUAAUCGAAUAAUGAUUAUGAAAUAAAGGUGAUUAUUGUUGGUACAGAAAUAAGAAAUAUUAAAUCUAAUCCUUAUACAGUCUAUAUAGUAUAAAUAUUAAUUUAAGAAUAUCAAACUAAGAUAUUUGUAAGAUACAGUUAAAUAGUUUCUUUAUAAUCUAUUGUAAAUAAAUAUGAUUCAAAUUUAAAAAUGCCAGUGUUAUCAACAUUAAAUUGGUUUCAUUCAAUUGAUUCAAAAGUAAUAGAUGAGAGAAAAUUAUUAAUUGAAAAAUUCUUAUCAUCAGUAUUGAAUUCUACUAAAUGUUAAAAUACAAGUGAAUAUUAAAAAUAGAUUUCGGAACUAUUAAAUUUAAAUUAAGAUUUCUUUAAGAUUCCUAAUAAAUAGAAUUAAAAUCCAUAAUCUAAAUUAGAUGAGGAAGAUAUCAGGAAAAUGAUAUUGUAGAGUCAAUUUUCUCCUGAUAUUUAACCUAAUUUACUUUAAUCAAUGAUAAUGAAAAGAAAGUCAACAGUUAUCAUAUAAGCAGCAAAAGCAUCAUUUUAAAGAUAGAGUUUAACAAUUAUUGAACAAGAUAAUUCAAUUGUAAUUGGAUAAGAUGCUACUAAACAACCAUAUUUUAUAAAUGUAAACUUAAUGGAUGAUAGAACAAUAAUUGUUGGAUUUAAAAAGUAAACUUUAACAUUAUUUAUAAAAAAUGAAGUUGCUAAAUUUGUAGGAUUAAAAUAAUGGCUUGAUUUUAGAUUAUUUAUUGUUGAUUAGAAUCAAGAUCAAAGAGUUAUUGAUGACGAUGAAAAAAUAUCAUCUAUAUUAGAUGCUCAUACAUAAUAAAAUACAGGUUUGAUUAAUACUUUAAAGAAAAUAUUUAAUAAUUAAUAGAAAUUCUAGUUUAUAUUUAGAAAAUACUCCUAUUUAUCAUGGAAAUAGGAAGAAGCUGAUUACAAUUAGGAUCAAUAAAGACUUAAUUAUAUAAUACAUGAAAUAAUAUGGGAAAUAAGAAAUGAAAAAUUUCAAUAUACAUUUAAUGAAUAUUGUUUGAUAACAGCCUUAUACUUUUAUUCAAUAAACAUAACUCAAGAUUAAAUAUCUUCUCUAAUGUAUAAAGUAAUACCUAAGAAUUAUUUAAAAAGCAAAAAAGUAGAAAUUUGGUUAAAAGAAAUAGUUAAUAAUAUCAAUUCUUUAUAAUUGUGGUUAAAAUAAAUUUAAAAAGAAGAUUAAUUAUCAUCAAAUUAAUAGAACAAAAAAUCUAACACAUCUAUAUCACAAUUAGCCUAAUUAUUGAUUAUGAAUUUAUUUAAAAAUAAUUCUCUUUUUGGAAUGCAAUAAUUUUUUGUUGAAUGCAAUAAAUAAACUAUCCAACUAAUUUAAAUACAUUUUAAUAUUUAAAUUAAUAGUAAUAUUUUUAUUGGAUUAAAUUAUAAUGGAUUUCAUAUUCUGAACCCUUAUAAUAAAUUAUUAAUUUAUAAAUGUCAAUAUGAAAUGCUGUCCGAAAUGAAGGCUUGUACAACAGAAUUUUCUUGUAUCAUUGAAUCUGUAAAAUUAUCAUUUAAAACAUAAUUUUCUUUUGAAGUAAAUUAUUUAAUUAAAUUCAUUAGAUAAAAUCAUUGAUUCUUGAAUAUAAGUAAUUAUAGGAAUUCACAAAACAAAUAGCUUAUGGUUUAAAUUGA